CCCAGCUUUUACACUCCCUCUACCCACCUUCUAGGAUGUCGACAGGUCUCAUUCAUGUCGAUCUCACCGACACCGUUGGAGCACUAUUGAUAGGCACCCUCUUUUCUGUCUUUCUCUUUGGCGUGGUCACUUUGCAAACGCACUUGUACUUUACCCAAUUCAGAGAAGAUCACUGGUCAACAAAAGCACUGGUCGGUGGUAUCUGGCUACUGGAAGUUGGACAUACAAUAGCCAUCUGCUAUGAAAUUUAUCACGCAACGAUUGUGUUAUACGGACGACCCGACAAACUGACGCAAUUCCCCGCGUUGGGGGCGACGCUGACAAUUGGUGGCUUGAUUACGCUUUUGGUUCAAGGUUUCUUUGCGCUGCGCGUGUGGAAGGUUCUACCCGAUCCUUUCCGCUAUGUUGGCCUCGUCUGUGGUCUCGCGUCUUUCGCUCGAAUGAUAGGAAGCACUUUUCUCUCGUACCAAGGCAUCACUACGCCCUCUGCUGCUCAAUACGCGGUCCAAUGGAAAUGGCUGAUUACGACGCUGCUGGUCGGCGGUGCGAUCAUCGACGUCACAAUUGCGGCGUCGAUGGUAUACUACCUUCACAAGAGUCGGAAGAACGCUUUCAGCAAGGUGGCCAGGCUACUUGACCGCCUUGUUGCUUAUACCAUUCGCACUGGUUUACUCACAAGUGUUUCUGCCGUGGCGCUGCUAAUAUGUUUCCUAUCCAUUCCCGAAACACUUAUUUGGCUAGCUUUGUACACCUUCCUUGCAAAACUAUAUUCUAACAGUCUUCUCUCCGCCCUAAACGAGCGUCGGGAGAUGAGAGAAACGAUUUAUAGUGCCUCUGUCGAGCUAUACGGCGAACCCAGGACUGGGACUGUUGUACGACGAGACCCCACUGGCAGAGAAAAUUCAAGAAUAGACGUAAGGAGGAAAAAAGCUUCAUUCCGUACAGUAUCUAACCAUGGCUUCUUCAGUUCGCUCAAGCUAUAUCAAUCGAGAUGAAUACAACGACAGAAACUAUGAACGAUGCUGGACUACUUCCGCCAAAGUCAACCCUUUCACCGCCAGAAUACAUCAAGACGAAAAACCACAACAUUGAGUGAUAGAAUCGUGACGAACUUGUAUCAAACUUUUUGCUGCAGGCAUGUAGCAUGCUUAAUGUAUCUAUUGUAAGGGUGUAGGAUCAGGAAUAAAGGCUGGACUUCUGGGCGAAUUUU